CAGCGCUCCCGCCAGCUCCCGUCUGCUCUGCUCUGCCCUGGCGCGGGGGCCUGGGCCCCACUCGGGACCUGGGACCUGCCGAACAUGUCGGGGAUCGCCCUCAGCAGACUCGCCCAGGAGAGGAAGGCCUGGAGGAAGGACCACCCCUUUGGCUUCGUGGCCGUGCCCACCAAGAACCCCGACGGCACCAUGAACCUUAUGAACUGGGAAUGCGCCAUCCCGGGCAAGAAGGGGACCCCUUGGGAAGGCGGCCUGUUCAAGCUGCGCAUGCUCUUCAAAGACGACUACCCGUCCUCGCCGCCCAAGUGUAAAUUCGAGCCACCGCUCUUCCACCCCAACGUGUACCCCUCGGGCACCGUGUGCCUGUCCAUCCUCGAGGAGGACAAGGACUGGAGACCCGCCAUCACCAUCAAGCAGAUCCUGCUGGGCAUCCAGGAGCUCCUGAACGAGCCCAACAUCCAGGACCCCGCGCAGGCUGAGGCCUACACCAUCUACUGCCAGAACAGAGUGGAGUACGAGAAGAGAGUUCGCGCGCAGGCCAAGAAGUUCGCGCCUUCAUAAGCGGCGGCGGCGCGUGGCAGGAAGGGAUUGGUUUGGCAAGAACUUGUUUACACACUCGGCAGACCUGAGGCUGCUCUGCGCGGCCGCCGGCCCCCUGGGCGGGCGGCGUCUCCGGCGCCGUCCAGCCGCCGCGACGCCCGCUUUUCAUACAGGGUCUCUUCCUUCCGUCUUUUGUAUUUUUGAUCGUUCUGUAAAACUUGCUUUUAUUUUAAUAUUGAUGUCAGUAUUUCCACUGCUGUAAACGAUAAACUUUUCUACCUGGAUGAGCCGUGGACGCAGGCAUGCUCCCGCCGCCGCCGGGCCUGGGCCGCGCCGCUUCGAGCGUCCGAUCCAAAGUCGCCGCAUCGUUCGCGCCACCUCCUCUGUGCUUCUCUGGCGUUUGUCUGUGUUGCUGUUUAGAGUAAAUAAACUGUUUCUAUGAAGGUCUCUGUUGCGUAUCGUCAUUGGCGGCCGGCGGCGGC